AAGAACUUAGUUUGAAGUUUCUUUCUCAAUCUAUACCAACAGAAUACUUCUUCAGGCUUCACUGUGCUUCCCUCACUUGCUUACCCAGUUUUACCUAGAAGAGUUCAAUUUGUCUUUUACACAAAAUGAUGUUCUUGCGGCUCUUUCUUCUAUGGCUCCAUUUAAGGCACCAGAUAAUAUUACUAGUUUUGUCCUCAACCUUUUACAAGGGGCUCUUAGUCCGGCCAAAUCUAAUGAAACUCUCCUGAUCUUGAUUCCGAAAGUCUUUAGCCGGAGUUUGCGUUUCGAUUUCCAUCCAUAAGUCUUUGUAAUGUCCUAAAGAUGAUUAUUAAGACUAUCGUUAAGAGUAUUAAGAGUAAUUUGGAUUUUUUGUGGAUUUAGAAAAAAGUAGUUUUUUAUUAGGAAGGCAGGUUGCGGGUAACAUAAUUGUUUAUGAGGAAGCUCAUGUCUAAUCUUAAUGGCUCAAAGGGUUAUAUGGCCAUCAAGAUAGACUUAGAAAAGGCAUAUAACAUACUUAAUGGAAAUUUAUCAAAUGGGUGCUUGAAGUGGCGGGUUAUCCUAAUACUUUGAUCUCCAUCAUAAUCUAAUGUGUCGGGUCUUCUUCUUAUCUCUCAUCUUUCAUCUUAGUCCGUUGCGUGUGCAUUAUUUUAAAAUUUAUUAGACUGAGUUUGAGAGAAAUUUUUUUUAUAUGUUUUGAGAUUUAUUUCAUAAUUUUGAGAAUUUUAUUAAGUUGGAUUAUUAUUUUUUUUCACUUUGAUAUAUUUGUAUGCUAUUAAUUUGUUGAUUUGCGCAUCUAUCUUAAAUAUUUGAUUGGAAUUGUUAAUUAAUCAAUCUGUUGGGAAGUGAAAGUAAUCUAAGCAAGAAAAGCAAAACCUUUGAAUCGAACCGAUUCCAUAGACUGAACUUUUUCAAUUCUAUUCUCCUUAUAUUUCGGUUCAAUUCCGCCCAUUGCACAACGCUUGACGUGAGACCGUGAGGAAAAAGCCAGCGAUGGAAGCGUUGCCUUCUCCCCCAAGACCUCCACAUGAUGAAGUGCACGGUGCGUUGUUGAAGCUUGAUUCCCUUCCGAGGUAACCCAUUUGUCAUCUAAUUAUCAUUGAAUUCUUCAUCUUUCUUUUUCACAUAAAAAUCUCCUAUUAUUAUGAGCUUGUGCGAUUUGUGAAUCUAAAUCAUUAAAGCAGCAAUGUCAAAGCCUUCCCCAAGAAUCGUCCAUAGACUCCUCAGAUUUCGCUACUGCCUACAUGUCUCUAGCUCAAAACCCUCAUGUCCGAGCACUUCCUCUGUCGCCUCUAGGAUUCGCAGUUCACUUCCAAGACCUUACUCAAAUGGGUUCUCCAAUUCCACACUUUUAAACACUCAAAUCCCCUCUAGGUCGUCUUUUUCUUCAACUCCUACUUCAAAUGGGGGUUUAUCCCAGGUUCUCUCGUGGGCAAAGCCCCACUUCUCUUUUUCAUUCAGGACUUCCCAUGCUUUUGCUAAACAGAGUUGUUUCUACGGAGUGAGACAGUUUUCUUUCAAAACUUCUUCGAAUUUUGGCAAAACUGCCAAUGGGAAUUUUGCAAAGAAGGUGUUUGAGAAGCCUGCUACGGCAGUUAGCGCUGCCAUUUCGAGGUACCGCGACGCUAUAGGAUUGCAAAUUGAUGCCUUUUGGAAGAGGAAUUUGCUCAUCCUGCUUGGCGCCGGAGGGGUUGUGCUGUGUGCUUUGCUUUGGAGGGUUAUGUUUGGUAUUGCCAAUACUUUUAUUGGCCUUUCUGAAGGCAUGGCCAAAUAUGGGUUCCUUGCUCUUUCUUCAGCCAUAGUUGCUUUUGCAGGCCUGUAUAUCCGCUCUAGAAUCACAAUCAAUCCUGAUAGAGUUUAUAGAAUGGCUAUGAGGAAGCUUAAUACUUCUGCUGGAAUUCUUGAGGUUAUGGGCGCUCCCCUCACAGGAACAGAGCUUAGAGCCUAUGUGAUGUCAGGAGGUGGGAUUACACUGAAGAACUUCAAGCCAAGGCUUAGGAGCAAGAGGUGUUUUCUCAUCUUCCCAAUACGAGGUUCCGAAAAGAAGGGACUAGUCAGUGUUGAAAUUAAGAAGAAAAAGGGCCAGUAUGAUAUGAAGCUAUUGGCUGUUGACAUUCCCAUGGCGACAGGACCUGACCAGAGAUUGUUUCUGAUUGGAGAUGAGGAUGAGUAUAAGGUUGGUGGUGGACUAAUAGCUGAGCUGAGAGAUCCUGUUGUGAAAGCAAUGGCAGCCAGCAAGGAAUUUGAUGAUCUUGAUCGAAUUGAGGAAGAGGAGGAUGCUGCAAGAGAACUUCAGGAAGCAGAAAGAAAGCACCGUGAGGAGAUUGAAAAACUUGAGAGAGAUGGUUCAUAGUACUCGUUUUUGCCCAAACUUUCCCUCCAUUCUUUUCCUUUUCUUUUGCUGGAUAAUUUUGGCUAGAUGCCUGAGGCUUGAUACAGAUGAGUCUUUCGUUUGUAUCAGAGAUCUAAUUCUCUAGUGCUUUUUUCUUUAACCUGCUAAAUAACAUGUUCAGAAAUUUUAAAGUUGAGAGAUCUAAUCAAGGCAAUAAAGUAUGCAACUGGGGUACUGUGCUUCGCUAGUAAUGCAAUUUUUUGUUGAUUCA